AUUGAAUUUUCUAAUUGCAAUAGUCCCAUUGUUUGUCCCUCCAGUGCAUCGUACGGCAUAAUUGCGGUAGCUCAGCAGCUGAGGUCUGCAACUGCAAGGUAAGCUUCAAGCGUUCAACUGUUAGCUUGCCGCAAGCGAUGAUAGUAGGAAUAGGAACGGCGGUUCGUGCGGCGGCAAGAAGAUGCCCAUUCGACAGCUUUCGCCCCCGCAACCCGCUUAUUGCGGGCCAUGCCGUCGAUCGAUUAGCCGCCGCCGCCGCCGGCAGAAUCCUCACGCAUCGUGAAAGAGACAAGUUAUAUCACAGUUGGCCCCGUCCUUGUUCUGCGGGCGCCUUCAAAUACGGUACCGCCGCGUUCCUCUACUCCGCGUGCUCCAGUACCAGCAGAAGCGAGGAAAAUGGACAGGGUGAAAAUGGAGGCGAUGGUGCAAUAGACGGGGUUAAGACAACUAAUUUGGAAUCUUCUCUCAGGAAAAACAAUUUUUCGGAAGCUUAUUCCGCUAUUGAACUCGCUUUGGACUCGGUUGUCAAGAUAUUCACACUCUCCAGCAGUCCUAACUACUUUCUCCCUUGGGUGAAUAAAGUGGACCGCGAAUCUACCGGCUCUGGCUUUGUUAUUCCUGGAAAAAGGAUUCUGACAAAUGCUCAUGUUGUGGCCGAUCAUAUCUUUGUACUAGUAAGAAAACACGGAUCCUCAACUAAGUAUAAAGCUGAAGUCCAAGCGGUUGGUCAUGAAUGUGACUUGGCUAUUCUAGUGGUUGAAGAUGAAAAAUUUUGGGAGGAUAUAAACCCCUUGGAGCUUGGAGACGUUCCAUUUCUGCAAGAAGCGGUUGCUGUUGUUGGUUACCCUCAAGGGGGAGACAAUAUUUCUGUCACGAAGGGUGUUGUCUCAAGGGUUGAACCUACACAAUAUGUACAUGGUGCGAGUCAACUUCUGGCAAUACAAAUUGAUGCAGCUAUUAAUCCUGGAAAUAGUGGAGGGCCAGCAAUCAUGGGUGACAAAGUUGUCGGUGUUGCUUUCCAGAACCUCUCUGGUGCAGAGAAUAUUGGUUACAUAAUUCCUGUCCCCGUAAUAAGACAUUUUAUAGCUGGAGUAGAAGAGAGCGGAAAUUAUGUAGGAUUCUGCUCUAUGGGAUUGUCAUGUCAACCCGUAAAAAAUGUGCACCUCCGUAAUUACUUCCGGAUGGGUCCUGAAUGUACUGGAGUACUUGUGACCAAAAUCAACCCACUUUCGGAUGCUUAUAGGAUGUUGAGAAUUGAUGAUAUCAUUCUUUCAUUUGAUGGUGUACCAAUAGCAAAUGAUGGAACUAUUACUUUUCGAAACAAUGAGCGAAUAACAUUUGAUCACUUGGUUUCUAUGAAGAAACCAAAUGAAACUGCAGAAGUUAGAGUACUUAGAAAUGGUGAAGAAAUCCAGUUUUGCAUCAGACUUUUUCCAUAUUUAUUUACGAAUGUGUGAUGUAUUGUAUUUCCAUCAUCUCCGAUGGAGCCAAAAUUUCAUCAUUUUUUGGCUUUGGGAUGUGAUGGAAUAAAUCAAAAUGGAUCUCUAAACUGUCUGCGCUUCUUUAAUUAAUGAAGUAGCAGUUAGUCAAGCAAUGCAACUUUCGACGUUGAGCCGGGGGUCUCUUUGGAAACAGCCUCUCUACUUUCAAGUAGGGGCAAGUUGAAACCUCUCGUUCCAGUUCAUCAGUUUGAUAAGCUUCCCAGUUAUUACAUUUUUGCUGGUCUGGUCUUCACUCCUUUGACACAACCAUAUCUUCAUGAAUAUGGGGAUGACUGGUACAAUUCUUCGCCUAGGCGACUAUGUGAAAAAGCGCUUAGGAAACUUCCCAAAAGACCUGGACAACAGCUUGUUAUUCUUUCCCGGGUGCUGAUGGAUGAUAUAAAUAUUGGGUAUGAGGGUCUUGCAGAAUUACAGGUGAAAAAGGUAAACGGGGUUGAAGUGGAGAACAUGAAACACUUGAGGCAACUCGUGGAGGACAAUAGCAAAGAGAGUGUGAGGUUUGACCUUGAGAACACGGUGAUUGUUUUGGAUUACAAAUUGGCAAAAAUAGCGACUUGUCGUAUACUAAAACACCGUAGAAUACCUAGUGCUGUAUCUAGUGAUCUUAUCAACGAUGAUGAAAGCCCACAUGAUCUCAAGUUAGCCUGCUUAAGCUGUUGAUGCUUGUUAUAUUCUUUUUAAACAUUUUGUGAUCAAUCAAUCAAUGAUCUCUUU